CCUACCGGAUAUAAGUUUUCGGUUGUGAAAAACAAACCAUUACAGAAUGAGCUCUGUACCGGAUCCGAGAUUGUGAGUUUUGUUGGAUAAAUAGUUCUCGAAGCAAAUUGAAGCUAGAGCAUCAUCAUCCGCGCAAAAAUCUUCGCAUCUCCUGUGCACCCUUUCUGCCAGCGCUGGUUUUUUUUGUGUGUGUGUACAUAGAGUUACAUAUUUAUUGGAAGGGUCAUAUCUUUCCCUAAGGUGAAGGUUCUAUAUCCUGCUAAAUUCGAUUGGGAACUGCUCAAAAUUUUCCUCCCCAGAGAGAAACGAAAUGAGUGAAGGAAACGGUCAAGGAGUCAACAGCAAGUGAGUGACACGGAUUAAGACCUAUUCGGUUGUCCUGUGGAUAAAAAAGUGUACCUUUGUUUGUGUCCGUUGUGGCGUUCUCGUCAUCAUCAAAAAACUGUUCAUACGCUAGUUUGAGGGUCUCAUCCAGUUUCGAUCGGCGAAUAGUUACCGGAUUUAAUCCGGGGGUAAACGUUUUACCCGAGUGACUCAUAAACACAAUUCUACAAUACACCCAGGGAUUCCCGCAAUCAUUGGUUAUCAUUGGCUAAAUUGAAUACUCAAGAAUAAAUCAAGUGCAUCAAGAAUGUUCAUCGAGGAAGAUGUUCACAUGGAAGACUUCUGGGUGCAGACGGCGAUCGGGGCGAUCAAAAUUAUCGCCAUGGUGUACGACAUCAUCACGAUGCCGAUCUAUCUGCUGCUGCAGCGACCCUGGAAGCGGAGAGCCCUAGCCAAGCGCCCCAAGGCCAAAAUCAUCCAGCAGGAUGGCACCUCCAUCACAUACCGGGGCGUGGAUGCUCCCAGCGAGAUGCACGUCAAGAUGAUGCAGAACAACAUCGACACCCUUGAGCGGAUGUUCACAUUCGUUACCAAACAUCACAGCACCAAGCGCUGCAUCGGUACCCGCAAAAUCAUCAGCGAAGAGGACGAGGUCCAGUCUAAUGGGCGAGUCUUCAAGAAGUUCAACAUGGGUGAUUACAUGUGGCGGAACUUUAUCGAAACCGAAUUCGCCGCGGCCUGUUUCGGACGGGGUCUGCGGGAACUCGGCCAGCAGACCAAGCAAAACAUCGUUAUCUUCGCAGAAACCCGGGCCGAAUGGUUGAUUGCGGCUCACGGCUGCUUCAAGCAGAACAUGCCGCUGGUGACGAUCUACGCCACCCUCGGGGAUGAUGGUAUCGCUCACGGUAUCAACGAAACCGAAGUGCAUACGGUGAUCACUUCCCACGAGCUUUUGCCCAAGUUCAAAACGGUGCUGGAUGUGACACCCAACGUCAAGCGGAUCAUCUUCAUGGAGGAUCAGUUGCACAAAACCGAAGUCACCGGCUUCAAGGCAGGCGUCGAAAUCAUUCCCUUCUCCAAGGUGCUGGAAAUGGGUGAGAAGAGCCAGAUCCCUGGCAAUCCCCCGACCCCGGACGAUACUGCCAUCAUUAUGUACACCUCUGGAUCGACCGGAACGCCCAAGGGCGUGCUGCUUUCGCAUGCCAACUGUAUCGGAACCAUGAAGAACUUCUGUGAUAUCUUCAAAAUUUACCCGGACGAUGUGCUGAUCGGUUUCCUGCCGCUGGCACACGUUUUCGAGCUGCUAGCCGAAAGUGUGUGCCUUCUGACCGGGGUCCCGAUUGGGUACUCGACACCACUGACGCUGAUCGAUUCCAGUUCCAAGGUGAUGAAGGGCUGCAAGGGUGACGCUACGGUGCUGAAACCCACCUGCAUGACCUCGGUGCCGCUUAUUCUGGAUCGUAUCUCCAAGGGUAUCAAUGCCAAGGUGAAUGCCGAGAAACCUAUCAAGAAGGCCUUCUUUAAGUUCGCCUACAAAUACAAGUCGAAGUGGGUCGCUCGAGGGUUCCAGACGCCGCUGAUGGACAAAAUCCUGUUCAAGAAGAUCGCCAAACUGCUGGGUGGACGAAUCCGGUCCGUUCUCUCUGGAGGUGCCCCACUGGCCCCGGACACGCACGAACAGAUCAGCCUGUGCCUCUGUGUGGACAUGAUCCAGGGUUACGGUCUAACAGAAACCACCGCCGGAGGUGCCGUCAUGGACAAAUGGUGCAUGGAGUAUAGUGUGGUGGGAGGUCCCUCGGCAACCAAUGACAUCCGGCUGAUAAACUGGGAGGAGGGUAACUAUCGGGUGACUAACAAACCAUAUCCGCAGGGUGAGAUCGUUAUCGGUGGAGCAACCGUUUCUAAAGGAUACUACAAACUGCCCGGCAAAACCGAAGAAGACUUCUUCGAAGAGGAUGGACAACGGUGGUUCCGAACCGGAGAUGUUGGCGAAAUCCAUCACGACGGUGUUCUCAAGAUUAUCGAUCGUAAGAAGGAUCUGGUGAAGCUGCAGGCCGGCGAGUACGUGUCGCUCGGAAAGGUCGAAUCGGAACUCAAAACUUGUCCGGUGGUGGAAAAUAUCUGCAUCUAUGGUGAUUCGACAAAGCAGCAUACGGUAGCCUUGGUGGUGCCAAACCCGCAACAUCUGGAGGAAAUUGCCGAGAAACAGGGCAUCAAGGGCAUGGAGUUCGAUCAACUGUGCUCUUCGCCGGUGAUGGAGAAGGCCGUUGUCCAGGAGCUGGCCGAACACGGGCGCAAAUGCAAAUUGCACCGAUUCGAAAUCCCGACGGCUGUGACCCUGUGCAAGGACAUCUGGACCCCGGAUAUGGGUCUAGUAACGGCUGCCUUCAAGCUGAAACGCAAGGACAUCCAGGAACGGUACAAGAGCGACAUCAGUCGAAUGUACGCAGCGUAAGCAUCUGUAUCGACAACCGAGGAAAGACACCAAAACGGAGCUUUCUAUAUGGUGCUCGAAGAUGUUACAUCGACGGCAAGGACGACUCAGAUUGGUUACCAUCAACAGAAAAGAAAGGCUACCAACAUCAUCAUCAUCACUCUUGGUAAAAUGUGAACCAAGCUUCUAAAAACUACGAUUCGAAUCCUAAUCAACCGACAAUGCAAAAUGACCAUAGAGAUAGAGGAAAAGGUGACAAGUUCCGAUUCGAUGCACGGCAUUGUUUAACCGCUGAAUUUAGACUUGGGAGCCUAUCCAUAGGAUACAUUUUUUGAUCUUGUUUAUUCAUUGUUCAUGUUUUCAUUGUUUUCUUUUUCAAUUAUCGUUUUUCUUUCUUUAUUUGAAACCAAAUAUACCAACUUAUAAGUUUGUUGCUUGUUUUCCGUAGUUUUUCCUUCGCUAUUUGAUUGAUAAAACAGUAGUGUAAGAAUGCGUCACAUUUGUACAUAAAAAAAAAUUACAAUGAAAUGCUGCAAAUGAAACGAAUGUAGGAUGUGAGGGUUUGUUUGAAUCAGCUUUCGUAGAUAUUCACAUGUCAUAACAUGUUGAACAAUUGCGCUAUUAAAUUGGUCAUUUAAAGAAAAUAAAUAAAAGGAUGGUACGUUUUUUCGUAGGUUUUAGGAAAAAAAUUGUCCAACCUUUGAGAUAUACAUAACACAAUGUGAUGGAGUAGGUUCUAGGAAUAAAAGAAACAAAAAUUAUAGGAACUAAUAAAUGUACGAACCAGCGGAGGAUUUCAAAAUGGAACGAAGGUAUUGAGACGAUAAUCUGUACAUACAAAUGAAAGA